AUGAUCACAGGAGCUGAUAGUUUAGAAGAGUUAAAAAUUAUUCGUAGAGAAGUAACUGAGGUUUUGAAAUAUGGGGGCUUCGAUCUGGCCAAAUGGGCCACCAAUCAUUCCAGCCUUCUGGCAGAUACAGGGCCGGAAAAGUUCGUCGGACGGAGGGGUCUUCCGGAGAAAAUAUACAGCGACAACGCGACCAACUUCGUGGGAGCGAGCAAAGUCCUGGAGGAGCUGCAAACAGCGUUUCGUCGGAACCAAGGCCAGCUGACAUCAUACGCGGCGCAGAGAGGCGUCGAGUGGUGUUUCGUUCCUCCGAGGUCACCACACUUCGGCGGACUGUGGGAAGCAGCAGUCAAGGCAGCCAAGCAUCGGUUGCUCCGAGGAGUCGGCAAUGCCAGACUCACAGCAGACGAGCUCAGCACGCAUCUGGUCGAAGUCGAGGCGCUGCUCAACUCGCGUCCAAUCGCGUCGCCUGGCAACGACCCCAACGAUGGAGAGGCACUAACUCCAGGGCAUCUUUUGAUCGGCCAGCCUCUUCUUACGCUGCCGCCAGAAUCCAGCACAGACGGAGUAUGCAGAAAGGCCAGCUUCGAGUAUUUGAAGCGGUGGCGAAUGCUGUCUGCACUCAAGCAGCAGUUUUGGCAAACCUGGUCCAAGGACUACCUGGCCAGCCUGCAGCAGCGCAGCAAGUGGUGCACAGUAGGCACCAAUUUGGAAGUCGGCAGCUUGGUCCUCGUACACGAGGACAAUCUACCUCCUCAACGGUGGUUAACAGGACGCGUCGUGGCGACAUCACUCGGCGAAGACAAGCGAGUGAGGGUGGCCGACAUAAAAACCAAAGGAGGCGCACAUGUUGCACAAAUCUUUGGCCUAAAGACGAUCGAAGCUGGGUCAGUUGGCAAGUUGAGAGAACUUUCUGAUAGGCUUAUCAGUCACAUGCGGGCUCUUCAGGCAUUAGGCGAUCAAGAGCAAAUUGCAAAUUGCUUCAUUGUUCAAGCCUUGGUGCAAAAGCUGGAUCCACCUACCCAAGCCAAGUGGGAGGAGUCGUGCUCGGUUGAUAAAAUACCAUCGUGGGAGGAGUUUUCGAAGUUCCUGGAGAGACGUUGCCAGACUUUAGAGAAUGUGGAGCUUGCCAUGGCUACCCAUUCAUCCAGCCACUCAUCUGGAAGGCAAAAUCGUUCGAACAAGGCCCUACUAGCUACCAGUCCAUCACGAUGCCGAUUCUGCAGCGAUAGUGGCCACUCCAUAUAUACAUGCACGAGAUUUGGAAAUCUUUCCCCAGCACUAAGGCUGAAGGAAGUGAAGAAGAUGUCCCUGUGCAUAAAUUGCCUUAAAGACGGGCAUCAAUUGCGCUCGUGCAAUUCUAGCGGCUGCAGGAAAUGUGGAUCCAAGCAUCACACAUUGCUUCAUUUGGGAGACGCACCAUUUUCAACGUCGUCUGCAAUGCUACCGCCAACUCAGCCUGCGCCGGCCCCAGCUAAUAUAGCUCAAGGUUCUUCCAAUCAGUACUCACUCGCUUGCACGCUGCCCUCUGACUCAGCUUCUUCCUCUUUCGAAGGACCUCAACUUUGCAACUUUGUGCUCUGGGCAACUGCUAAUGUUUUUAUUAAAAACAGAGCUGGUAGUCCAAUACCUUGUCGUGCCAUACUCGACUCAGGUUCGCAAGUUCACAUUGUAACAUCUAGAUUCGUACACCUUCUUCAGCUCAAAAGGAUUAAAUCUGCUGCUGCUGUAUCUGGUCUUGGAGAUUCUAGCUUCAAAACUACAGGAUAUGCUGUCCAGCUGAAUUUAUCAUCCAACUCUACCAACUACUCUGCAAGUAUUGAAGCCGUGGUUGCAUCCUCCAUUGUCAACGACCAGCCUGACUUCAAUUUCGACUCAUCGCCAUGGAAUAUCCCAUCGAAUCUACCAUUGGCUGACCCGGAAUUCAACAAAUCGAAGAGAAUUGACCUUCUCAUAGGAGGAAGUUUGUUCUAUGAUUUGUUAUGUAUCGGACAAAUCAAGCUUGGCCCCCAUCUUCCUACUCUGCAGAAAACUCGACUUGGAUGGGUUGUCUCUGGUGGCACGGCACAAACUUGCCACACUCUCGUUGCCUCUCAAUCUAUUUCAGAUAAGAUGCCAGAGCCUGAAGAUGGAAUUGAUGAUCUUCUGCAGCGAUUUUGGGAGUUAGAAUCCUGUCCUUUGGAAAGCUCGAAAUUCACCAAAGAAGAAACGGAAUGCGAGGAACAUUUCCAAAACACCUUCUUGCGACUACCCACUGGUGAAUACGAAGUUCAGCUACCGAAAACCGGAAAAAUCGAUGGACUUGGAGAGUCAUACCAGCAAGCAUUUCGCCGUUUUCUCAGCUUGGAGCGGAAACUGGAACGCCGUCCUUAUGUCAAGGAACAAUACUCGAACUUUAUAAAGGAGUAUCUGGAACUCAACCAUAUGUCGCUUGUACCUCCGGAUGAUAGAAUGCACUGCAGAUUCUUCCUCCCGCAUCAUUGCGUCUUUAAGGAAGAUAGCACGACCACCAAACUACGUGUCGUAUUUGAUGGAUCAGCAGCUUCAUCAUCUGGAAUUUCGCUGAAUGACGUGUUGAUGGCAGGACCUACCAUACAGGCUAAGCUCUUCAAUAUUCUAAUCCGUUUUCGUACCUUUGCAGUUGCUCUCACUGGAGAUAUUGGAAAAAUGUAUCGCUGUGUUCGAAUAGCCAAGUCAGACAGCUAUUUGCAAUGCAUUCUUUGGCGCGGUUCUGAUCAGGAUGACAUCAGCAUCUACAAGUUGGACACCGUAACAUACGGUACCAAACCCGGCGCUUUUCUAUCAGUUCGAGCGAUGCAUCAGUUGGCCAUGGAUGAGCAGUCGAAGUACCCUGUAGGAUCUCAAAUCGUCAGACGUGAUUUCUAUGUUGAUGACUUGAUCACGGGAGGCAGUUCCAUUGAAGAAGUCGAGGAGAUUCUUCAGCAAACAAAGGACUUGCUAGCGAAAGGUCACUUCAUGCUUCGAAAGUGGUGCUCUAAUGUCCCAGUCGUUCUCGAAAAUGUUCCAGAAGAUGAGAAAGAAUCGUUUCUGAAGUUUCAUGAUGGAAGCGACAUAACCAAAACUCUCGGAUUGGCUUGGGAUCCUGCAUCAGAUGUCCUUCUUUUCUCGUACUUGCCUACGCAUUCCACGACCAAGCCAAACAAACGUUCUGUGCUCUCGACAAUAUCUCGAUUUUAUGACCCGCUUGGCCUCAUAAGCCCGGUCAUAACCAAAGCCAAAAUCUUCCUACAGGAGCUUUGGAAGGAGAAGCUACACUGGGAUGAAAGCUUGCCCGAAUCUUUAAGCUCAACCUGGUCCAGUAUAUGCCUUCAGUUUCGCAGCGUAGAAAGGACGACAUUUCCCAGAUACGUACUAUUACCAAAGGGAUCAAUCGAAAUCCAUGGUUUUUGCGAUGCUAGCAUGUCUGCCUAUGGAGCAUGCGUGUAUAUUGUAUCCAGAUCUGCUGACAAAUCCAAUGCUCAACUAUUGUGCGCCAAGUCUCGAGUAGCACCCUUAAAAACUCUGUCAAUUCCGAAGCUUGAACUGUGCGGAGCGCUUCUGUUGGCCAAUCUUCUGAGCGAGCUUCAAAAAAUGGAUAUAUUUUCAGGUCCAUACUUCUGCUGGUGCGAUUCAACCGUAGUCCUAGCUUGGCUGAAUAGUGAGUCAUCCCGAUUCACAACUUUCGUUGCUAACAGAGUAGCAUCCAUCCAAAGACUGUCUAGCGGAAUGGAAUGGCGUCACAUACCCACUACACUAAAUCCUGCUGAUAUCAUAUCCAGAGGAGCCUUGCCCAUGGAAUUGAACGCAUCCGAUCUCUGGUUUCAUGGACCUUCGUUCUUGCUGCUACCGCGAUCCAGCUGGCCGCCAUCCCCUGCCCAAGAGCAGUGCUUACUGGAGCUGCGCAAGUCAACGUGCUUGGUUUUGACAUCACCGAUUGAUCUGACAUCUACGUGCAAGUUUGAAAAUUCAUUUCCUGCUAUGCAGCGAAUUUUCGCAUACAUACACAAAUUCUUGUUUCGACUUAGAUCACCCACUCUGACUGUUUCAGAUUUACAGAAUGGUACACGCCUCCUAGUUCGAGCGGUGCAGCGAGCUACCAUGUGGGCUGACUUAAAAGCAAUUCAGGCCAACCAUGUCCUGAAGCCAUCGAACUGCUUGUCAUCGCUGUCUCCAUUUGUUGAUGAUUUUGGUCUUCUACGAGUCGGAGGUAGACUGUCGAACUCAAGCCUGCCCUUUGACUCUCGACAUCCCAUGAUCCUGCCCAGGAAGCAUCCAAUUACUUCGGCUAUCAUCAAGCACUUCCACGAAGAAAGCCUUCACGCAGGACCUCGGACGUUGCUGGCCAGAAUCAGACUCCACUAUUGGCCCAUCGGGGGGAGAAGAACAGUCGCUGCUGUGGUCACCAAGUGCAUUCGCUGCUGUCGUGCUCGGCCGCGUACACUUCAGCAUGUUAUGGCAGACCUGCCAAAGGAUCGCGUGGAUUCUUGCAAGGCUUUCACUAUCACUGGAGUGGACUACUGCGGCCCAUUCAUGUAUAAGCCUGAAGGACGAAAACGCCAGCCGUUGAAAUGCUACAUAUGCAUUUUUAUAUGCUUUGCAACCAAAGCAGUUCACAUGGAACUAGUGGCUGAUUUAUCCACACCAACAUUCUUGGCAGCCCUCAGACGCUUCAUUGCAACAAGAGGUCGUCCCAAAUGCAUUUGGUCUGAUAAUGCUACCAACUUUACUGGAGCCAAGAACGAGCUUGCCGAACUUCGUCGUUUAUUCCUAGCUGAGGACCAUUUGAAGGCAAUCGAGAGCUUCUGUCUAGCUGACUCCAUCGAAUGGAAAUUCAUUCCACCCAGAUCGCCUCACUUUGGAGGCCUGUGGGAGGCCUCAGUUAAGACAGCCAAGCAUCAUCUUUAUCGGACUAUUUCGCAAUCCACACUAGGAUUUGAUGAGUUGCGCACCAUCAUUUGCAUGAUCUCAGCCAUCAUCAACUCUAGACCGCUGCUGCCCCUAUCAGAGGAUCCAGCAGACCUUGAUGUCCUGACUCCGGCACAUUUUUUAACUGGCGGUCCUGCUACCAGUUUCUGCGAACCAGAUCUCUCUAACCUAAAUGUCAACCGACUUGAUCGUUGGCAGAAAAUGUCUUAUUUGCAGGAAACCUUUUGGAAACGCUGGCGUGAAGAAUACCUGACGCUCCUUCAGCAGAGAUCCAAGUGGCGUUCUCCUCAACCCAGUCUGCAAGUCAACGAUGUCGUCCUAAUUAAGGAUGAAAAUCUACCACCACUUAAAUGGCCAUUAGCUCGUGUGCUAGAGCUGAUAAAGGGAAAGGAUGAAAUCUGUCGAGUCGCUGUCCUGAAGACUGCAACAGGAACCACCAAGAGAGCUGUCGCCAAAUUGUGCCCUUUGCCUACGAAGGAUGAUAUGCAGAGCACCGAUCUAGACCAGGACGUGGCCACGAUCAGUGACGAUGAUGCUGCUGAUCCUCUUCCUGUAAACUGGUAG